GGCGGAUGGAUCGAGGACACCAGACACCAGCCAGCAGCAGCCAGCAGCCGGCCACCGACCCCUCGAACAACCACCACCACUCACCCCCCGUCCGCACCCGCCCGGCUGCUGCUCUCUGUCUGAGCACUGAUUCCGAUUCAAAUAGCAGCAGCACCCGCCAUUCGCCGCUGACUUGUGCGCCACUGCUCCGAACCAACCCGCAUCGCCUCCUCCUCCUUUCGAUGCCGGGAGCCUGCUAGGCCUCGGUUCCCCUUCAGCCAAGAUGCAGUCCUCCUCGGGAAUACUCACCAAGUUCGAGUCCAAGUCGUCGCGCGCGAAGGGCAUCGCAUUCCACCCCAAACGACCAUGGAUCCUCGUCUCCCUUCACUCGUCCACCAUCCAGCUGUGGGAUUACCGCAUGGGCACCCUGAUUGACCGCUUCGAAGAGCACGAUGGCCCCGUCCGCGGCGUCGACUUCCACAAGACCCAGCCCCUGUUCGUCUCCGGCGGUGAUGACUACAAGAUCAAAGUCUGGUCGUUGCAGACGCGCCGCUGUCUGUUCACGCUGAACGGGCAUCUCGAUUACGUCCGCACCGUUUUCUUCCACCACGAGCUCCCAUGGAUUGUCAGCGCCAGCGACGACCAGACCGUUCGGAUAUGGAACUGGCAGAACCGCUCCCUGCUCUGCACCAUGACGGGCCACAACCACUACGCAAUGUGCGCCCAGUUUCACCCCACUCAGGACCUCGUCGUGUCGGCCUCGUUGGACCAGUCGGUCCGCGUGUGGGACAUUUCUGGUCUCCGCAAGAAGCACUCGGCCCCGACGUCCAUGUCCUUUGAGGACCAAGUCUCUCGCGCCAACGCGAACCAGACCGAUAUGUUUGGCAACACAGAUGCCGUCGUCAAGUUUGUCCUCGAGGGUCACGAUAGAGGCGUGAACUGGGUUGCUUUCCAUCCGACUAUGCCAUUGAUUGUCUCGGCAGGAGACGAUCGACUGAUCAAGCUGUGGCGCAUGAGCGAGACCAAAGCUUUCGAAGUCGAUACCUGCAGAGGCCACUUUCAGAACGCCAGUGGCUGUCUGUUCCACCCACACCAGGAUCUCAUCCUUUCUGUCGGCGAGGACAAGACAAUCAGGGUCUGGGACCUGAACAAGCGAACUGCUGUGCACACGGUCAAGCGCGAGAACGACCGGUUCUGGGUCAUCGCCGCCCACCCGGAAAUCAACCUCUUCGCCGCCGGCCAUGAUAAUGGUGUGAUGGUAUUCAAGCUUGAGCGCGAGCGACCAGCGUCGGCAGUGUACCAGAACACGCUAUUCUACAUCACCAAGGACAAGUGUGUCAAGUCCUACGACUUCCAGAAGAACGUCGAGUCGCCUACGCUGUUGUCGCUCAAGAAGCUCGGCAGCCCGUGGGUCCCGCCGCGCACAUUGUCUUACAACCCCGCCGAGCGUUCAGUCUUGGUCACAUCACCCACGGACGGCGGCACCUACGAGCUCGUCAAUCUGCCCCGCGACGGGUCGGGCGCCAUUGAACCCGCCGGAUCCAAGCGCGGCCAGGGCAACUCGGCUAUCUUCGUGGCUCGUAACCGCUUUGUCGUCCUGAACACGUCCACCCAGACCGUCGAUAUCAAGGACCUGAUGAACAACACGACGAGGUCAUUCAAGCCCCCGGUGGGAACGAGCGACAUCUACUUUGGCGGGACUGGCAAUCUGCUCAUCCUCACCCCGACCGCCGUGCACCUCUACGACAUCCAGCAGAAGAAGACGACCGCGGAGCUCGCAGUCACGGGCGUCAAGUAUGUCGUCUGGUCGAACGACGGCCUCUAUGCCGCCCUGCUCAGCAAGCAUAAUGUUACCAUCGUGACCAAGACCCUGGAGCAGGUCAGCACGCUGCACGAGACGAUCCGGAUCAAGAGCGCCACCUGGGACGACGCUGGCGUCCUACUGUACUCGACUCUGAACCACGUCAAAUACUCGCUCCUCAACGGAGACAACGGCAUCGUCCGGACCCUCGACCAGACCGUGUACCUUGUGCGCGUCAAGGGCCGCAACGUCUACUGCCUCGACCGCGCCGCGAAGCCGAGGAUCCUGCAGAUCGACCCGACUGAGUACAGGUUCAAGCUGGCUCUCGUCAAGCGGAAUUACGAGGAGAUGCUGCACAUCAUCCAGAACUCCAGCCUGGUCGGCCAGUCGAUCAUCGCGUACCUACAAAAGAAGGGCUAUCCCGAGAUCGCGCUGCAGUUCGUGCAAGAUCCCGCCACCCGGUUUGAGCUUGCGAUCGAGUGCGGCAACCUCGAGGUUGCGGUCGAGGUGGCUAAGCAGCUGGACCGCCCUAAGCUCUGGACGAGGUUGAGCACCGAGGCGCUUGCGCACGGCAACCACUCUAUCGUCGAGAUGUGCUACCAGAAGCUAAAGCAUUUCGAUAAGCUCUCGUUCCUGUACCUCACAACUGGCGACAACACCAAGCUGUCGAGGAUGGCCAAGAUCGCGGAGCAUCGCGGCGACUUCACAUCAAGGUUCCAGAACGCUCUUUAUCUGAACGAUGUUGAGGACCGGAUUCAGAUGUUCAAAGAGAUCGACCUAUAUCCCCUCGCGUACAUGACUGCUAAAGCACACGGGCUGGAAGAGGAGUGCCAGUCUAUUCUCGAGGCGACCGGCCUCACGGAAGAGCAGCUCAAUCUGCCCACGUUUGGCGAGCCCCUCACGCCUCCCAAGCCGGUAGUCCCGACUUACAAGGCCAACUGGCCGACCAAGACGACCUCGCAAUCCUUCUUCGAAAAGGCGCUCCUCGGCCAAAUGGAGGGUCUCUCGUUAGAGGAGGAGCCGGCUGCAGCCAACGGGCCGGGCGAGGCAGAAGAAGAAGGUGCUGUCAAGAAGGACGCGCUUGGGGAAGCCGAGGAGGACGAGGACGCUGCUGGCUGGGACAUGGGCGAGGACAUCGUUCCCGAGGUCGAGGAAGGCUUCGUGAACGUGGACAGCACGGAAGCUGGCGGGGCCGGCAGCAGCGAAGCAGACCUGUGGGCGCGCAACUCCCCUCUGGCCGUCGACCAUGUUGCUGGCGGCUCCUUUGAGACGGCAAUGCAGCUCCUCAACCGCCAAGUCGGGGCUGUCAACUUCGCUCCUCUCAAGCCCCGGUUCUUGGAGGUGUACCAGGCAUCCAAGACCUAUCUUCCCGCUUCUGCCGGGCUGCCUUCCCUGGUCAACUACGUCCGCCGGACGGUCGAGGAGUCAGACCCCCGGGAGGUUCUUCCGAUCAUCCCCAGGGAUCUGGAGUAUCUCGCUGCCAACGACCUGCAACGCGGUUAUGAUGCGAUGAAGGCCAACAAACUGGAAGACGGCCUCAGGAUUUUCAAAGGCAUUCUGCACGCGGUGCUGGUCAACGCGGUGGGCAGCGAAAGUGAGGUGGCCGAGGCCAAGAAGCUGAUCUCCUCGGCGAGCGAGUACGCCGUUGCCAUGUCGAUUGAGCUUGGGCGGAGAGCACUUGGCUCGCCUGACGAGGUCAGCAAGAACCCGCAGCUGCUGAAGCGGAGCCUUGAGCUGUCGGCGUACUUUACGAUUCCCAAGAUCGAGGUGCCGCACCGCCAGCUUGCGCUGCUGAACGCCAUGAACUUGUCGUUCCGGAGCAAGAACCACAGCUCGGCGCUGAGCUUCGCCAACAGGAUCCUGGCGCACGGCGGCGCGAGCAAGCUCCUGGAGACCGCCCGCCGGAUCAAGUCGCAGUGCGAGCGCAACCCUCACGACGCGGUUGAGAUCGAGUUCGACCAGUUCGCCGAGUUCGAGAUCUGCGCCGCCAGCCACACGCCCAUCUACAGCGGCACGGCGUACGAGGAGUGCGCGUUCGACGGGUCCAAGUACCACACCAAGUACAAGGGCACCGUGUGCACCGUGUGCGAGGUCUGCGAGGUCGGCAAGCACGGGAGCGGCCUGAAGUUGUUUGCUUGAAUUGAGUUCGAGCGGGCAAGGGUGAGGGGUCAUAAUUGCGUAACCGGGAGAGUCGGCUUGAUGGGAUGGAUCUGGCCAAGCAAUCCACCGGGGGGGGGGGGGGGGGGGGGCUAUACGGAGCGGGAAAAGUCUAGAGCAGAUGGUUAUGGCAAGGCGGGCACGUCUUCGAUGUGUGGAGUAUGAGUUUGAGCAGAA